AAAGAGGCACGUUGUGUGGACAAAAGUUUUGUGUCGCUGCUGCCUGCGAGUGAAGAAGUCACGAAGUCGUUCUUCUACGUUUAUUUCGAAAUUUUCUCCAAACAUUAUAGCUGACUCAGCUGCAGAUAAACAAGAUGGCAAAGAAGGGAGUUCUCAAGCCAGAUGAAGGUCUGAUGAUGAUGCAGGAGCUUAAUGACCAUCUGGACGAGCAGCUGGACAAACUGGAGCACAUUCGUCUCACCGCUGUUGAACUGAAAGACAACAUCUCUGGGACCAACAAUGAUCUAACCCAGUUAAUUGGUGACCACCUGGAGUUUCUCAAUCACUUGUCUGAUCGAGUGGAAACUCUCCACGUGAACACAACAGUUUUUGUUCAGAAGAAUCCAAAACCUCGUACUUGGACAUCGAGACAGGGUUCCAGACAUGGCUACCGCGUGGGACGCCUUCCCCAGGCUGAGGAUGCCGUGUCCGAGUUUGGCUGGUCCCCCAUCCGUACGAGGCGAAACAGCGAUGCUGCCUCAGAAAUGUCCUGUAAUUGGUGAUUGCGAAUCCUUUGCCAUGUGUCAGUUCAGGGCAUAAAACAAUAAUAAACCCUACCAUUAUUACAGUUCUGUCUUUGUCUUUGGAAACCUGAGAUGAUGUAUGAAAAUGUCAUUGUGUAGUCUGUUAUUUUAGAAUUAGUUUUUUACAAGUUGUAACUAUUAGAAAUGCAUAGCUUUGUUUUUCUGUUAUUUUAGAAUUAUUUUUUUACAAGUUGUAACAAUUAGUUAUGCAUAGCUUUGUUUUUCGUUCAUGUUGUAUUCAUGUGCGUUACUGACCUCAAACAGCAGGGGGCGCUGCUGGCCGCCGUCAUGUCUCUGUUAACGAUCUUUUUAUAAAUAAAGUUUUGGCAACACGCGUGUGGUGAUUGUAGAAGAAGCUGACUCGCUGAAGUGACACGGCCUUACUCAAACCUUAGUUUUACACAUACUUAGUUCUGCCUGUUUCUUUAUCGAUUACGACCCUUCCUUUGUGCCGAAUAAGCCCCAGAAAAACAUGGCAGAAAGCGACUGGGAUACGGUGACUGUGUUGAGGAAGAAGGGCCCCACUGCUGCGCAGGCCAAGUCUAAACAGGCUAUCACUGCUGCUCAGAGACGUGGGGAGGACGUUGAGACAAGCAAGAAAUGGUCUGCAGGGCAAAACAAACAGCAUCUGGUGACAAAAAAUACAGCCAAACUGGACAGAGAGACAGAGGAGCUCCACCAUGACAGGGUUCCGCUGGAGGUGGGGAAGGUCAUUCAGCAGGGCCGACAGGAGAAAGGCCUGACCCAGAAAGACCUCGCUACUAAAAUUAAUGAGAAGCCACAAGUUAUUGCUGACUAUGAGAGUGGGAAAGCAAUACCCAACAACCAGGUGAUGGGCAAAAUCGAGAGAGCAAUUGGUCGAAAACUGCGUGGGAAAGACAUCGGUCAACCACUGGAGCCCAAACAGAAAUGAACACAAAGCCUCGAAAUCAGCCCUCCCUAACCCCGUUUCUGACCUUUAGCUUACCCCCGAUCCCCUUCCUGAAACUCUAAACCCCUCCCCUCCCCCCACCCCCGGGCUGAUCCCACCUGCGUCCUGCCUGAGGACCUGGUGCUCCACCGCAUUGCAGGCUUUGUACUAACCAAUCAUCUGAAACACUCUGACCACGUUAACGUACUCGAUCGAAUGCAUUCUUCAGCAUCACAAACUUGAAAACCUGUGAAUACAUUUUUUUUUUCGCCCAUGUCUGUCUGUAUAAAACUUGGCAUGAUAUAAUUCAACUUUUGAUAGUGGGUAAGUCAUUCAAAAAGGUGAUUUCCUGUUUCUGAUCAAACAGGUUCGACAAAAUAAUCUGAGCAUGAAGUGCUCGAUUGCAUCUUUAUUUCUUUUUCCCUCAAUUUUACGACAGUGGGUGGAUGUUAUUAAAGCGUUUAAAAUGUUUUAAUGCUGUGCUUUGUUUUAAUCUGAAAAUAAAGUUUAGCAGUUCAUGA